AUGGACGUCGAAGCCGUGGUGACGUGGUCGAGCGUGGCGUCCUGCGGUGUGAGCUUCCUGGUGUACUUGCUGUACCGCCAGGACGUGCAGGACCUGGAGAAGGCGCGGCCGAUCAAGCGCCUGGACGAAGGCAAAGAGCUUGCACAGCUGCUGCCCCUCUUGAUUGCUAUUAGAGGGAGAGCGGCAUCUGAUGAGCCCAUCCAAGCCGAGAUUACGGGCACGCCUUCUGUUUUGGUGGAGGUGGGAACCUGGCACCCUGUGCUGCCAGCUCUUCGUGAAAGAAGAACUAGAUGCAUUGAAGCAAAAUGA